CCUAGUGAAGAGGAUGAGCCAUCAAAGGAAGAGACUUCGAGUUUGAAAGAAAAAUCCACAGGAAACAAAAAGUCUAAUAGAUUUCAUCCAUAUUUAAAAGAGAAGGCGACAAAUGGAGACAAGAAGGGUUAUAACCGGAACAGAGUGUUUAUCAGCAAUAUUCCAUAUGACACAAAGUGGCAAGUGAUUAAAGACCUUAUGCGAGAAAAAGUUGGUGAUGUUAUAUACGUGGAACUCUUUAAGGAUGCUGAAGGAAAGUCAAGGGGUUGUGGAGUUGUGGAAUUCAAAACUGAAGAUUUAGUUUCAAAGGCUUUAGAUGUUAUGAACAAAUAUGAUCUCGGUGGAAGACCACUUAAUAUAAAAGAGGAUGCUGAUGGAGAGCAUGCCCGCAGGGCUAUGCAGCGUGGAGGUGGUGGAUCAUACCUUGGUGGACCUGGGCCAGAUGUAGGUUCACCAAUCAUUAACUUGCCUCCAAAUCUUGUCAAUAAUCCAAAUAUCCCCCCUGAGGUUCUGACUGCUCUGCAGGCUGGAAGACUUCUACCAACUGUAUUUGUUGCUAAUCUUGACUUUAAAGUGGGUUGGAAGAAGCUGAAAGAAGUAUUUUCCAUGGCUGGGACGGUAAAACGUGCAGAUAUUAAAGAAGACAAGGAUGGCAAGAGUCGUGGAAUAGGAACUGUGAUUUUUGAACAGCCUCUGGAAGCUGUUCAAGCUAUCUCUAUGUUCAAUGGACAGCUUUUGUUUGACAGACCAAUGCAUGUGAAAAUGGAUGAUCGAUCUGUUCCACAUGAUGACUUUCGUUCCACGGACAACAAAACACCACAGUUACCUCGUGGGCUUGGAGGUAUUGGAUUGGGUCUUGGACCUGGUGGCCAACCAAUAGCUGCAAAUCAAAUGAAUAUGAACAGUGCAAUGGGAAAUAUGGGAUCUGGAGGAAUUGGAAUGGAUGGACAAGCCUAUGGAGGAAUGAACAGAAUGGGCGGAGGUAUGACUGGUCCCAGUGGUUUCAACAGUGGAGUGGAUCCAAUGAACAACAUUGGAUAUGGUGGUGGAAACAUAGGGGCCAUGGGAAAUAUGGGUCGAAUGGCAGGUAUGGGUGCAAUGGAUGACUUCAGAAGAAAUAUGGCUGCAGGAAUGGGUGGAAGUAUGGGAGCAAUGGGUAACAACAUGAGUGCUGUUGGAGGGAUGGGCAGCAACAUAGUUGGAAUGGGAAGCAAUGUAGGAGAUAUGUACCGUGCAGGAAUGGGAUCAACUGGCAUGGCAGGCAAUUUUGAUCGAGAAUUUGGAAGAAGUGAAAUGGGAAUGAACCGUGGUUUUGGGGACUCAUGUGGAGGAGGUGGAAUGGUUGUAGGUCUUGGAGGAAACAUGGGAGGUGGAAUGGGUUCUACUGGCAUGGGCCCAGUGGCAUCUGGAUUGGGUAGUGGAAUGCCUGUUAUGAACAGCAUGCCGGGAGGCAUGGCCAUGGGUAUUGAACGUAUGGGUUCCAGCCUUGACCGAAUAGCAACUGGAAUGGGAGUAGGACUUGACAGGACCAUGGAUAUGGAACGUGGAUAUGGAAGCUUGAACAGUGGAUCGGUGGGAAGUGGAAGAGAACGUGGAAGUGGCUUCAGAGGCUGCCAGAUUUUUGCAAGAAAUCUUCCAUAUGAUCUAACAUGGCAGAAGCUAAAGGAAAAGUUCAGUCAGUGUGGUCACGUCAUGUUUGCAGAAAUAAAAAUGGAAAAUGGGAAGUCCAAGGGUUGUGGGACAGUGCGUUUUGAUUCCCCAGAAGUUGCAGAGAAAGCGUGCAGAAUGAUGAAUGGCACAAAAAUUAAUGGCAGAGAGAUAGAUGUACGCAUGGAUCGCAAUGCAUGAAUGAAAACCAUGUGAUGUACAGGAAAAUACAGCUUGUCUGAUUAGCUUUAUUGUUCCACUUUUUGUUUUAUACUGAAAUUAUUUCCAACAGCUUAGUGGAAGUUUGCCUGCUGAGAGCUAUAACGUAAUUUUAAGAUUGCCAACCUUUGUAAUUGAACAUUGAGACCGUUGUAUGUUUGUAAUUUCUGUUGAUGUCUGAUUUUUUUUAUAUAUAGACACAAUACAUUGCUGGUCAUUUCUGUUUGAAUGGAUGAACUGUUUCUAAUAAAAUGUUGUCAGACUUAA